CGCGCGCUGUCCUGCUGAUUGACAUUGUUCACCCAAAGGCACCAUGGGCCUUCCCCCGCCGUCCCCCCACCCGUCCCUGGACAGCUUCCUCAGAUCCCACAACCUCUCUCUCCAACCACACCCUGCCAAGCGGCGCAUCCUAGUUACAUCCGUCUUCAUACCAGCUGGAACAAUUCUGUUUACAUCGAACGCAAUUGGCACAGUGGUCCUUGACCCGACAGCCUGCCAUUACUGUCUGAUUCGCAGUGAUCAGCUCAGCACGCCACUAACAAGGUGCUCGUCAUGCAAGCGGGCAACAUACUGUGGUAAAAAGUGCCAAAAAGAGGACUGGGAUGCGGGACACGCAACGCUCUGCAAAAUAUGGAAGCAGAGAGGGAACGGCGGGGAGAGCGGCGACUGGGACAAAGAUGAGGAAAUGCUGGUUAAAGUCUUGUCUUCGUUAAAAAAAGGAGUGGAUACAGUGGGUAUCGAGGCUUUCUUAUCGCUACAAGGCCACGAAGAAGUGCUUAACGAGAUUGACAAGUCAGAAUGGGCCAAGAUAAUUCAAGGCGUACUGAAAUUUCCCAAGAUGCCGGCAUCUACAACUUCCCAAGACCUCUUCUCCCACCUGCUCCGAUUCCGCUCCAACAAUUUUUCCAUUCACGACGGCGAACUCUUUGUCAUCGGCGAAGGGACAUUUCCACUCGGUGCUCUCUUGAACCAUUCGUGUCAUCCAAACUGUUCGGUACUGUAUGAAGGCCGUGAGCAGGUUGUUCGCACGAUUCGGGACGUGCAUGCCGGAGAGGAGCUUCUGGGCACCUAUGUUGACGGAAUGGGAGAGCGAGGAGAACGACAACAAACACUCUGGAGCAAAUAUGGAUUUGAAUGUGAUUGUGAAAGGUGUGCUCAAGGCGGAGUGGAUGCGCUGUUGGGUGUGGAGGGACCGAUGAGCGUGAGUGAAGAAAAGGCUGUAGGCGAGUGGUUGGAAGUGGAGUUGAGGAAACCUAUUACGGGGCUUCUAGAGUCCCUUUAUCCCGUGUUUUUCCCUGCCAAUGGUGGCCAACUUGCCACGCCGAUGAUCCCUACGACACUGAACACACUUGACACAUUUAUCCUUACUGUAUUCUCUCACGUCCCUCCAUCUUUGGCCUCGUCUCCAGAGGAGAUAUGGAAUAGCCGUCACGCCUCGCUUCUCCAAAUGAUCCAAAGCCUUCCGGACCCUUCCCCCCUGCCCCGUCUUCAUACCCGCCGCCUUUUCACGCAUGUGUCACGGCAUCUUCACACCCAUCUCCACAGCCCCGAACCCUCAGCCCGCCUUGCGCUCUACGUUUUGUGCAUGUACAUCAUCUCAUACGAGCGGUUUCAUCCCAUGAUCGGUGUGCAAUUUGUGCUGGCUGCCAAGUUGUGCUGGAACGAAGGUGGAGAAAGCGGUAAGACGGGGGUAGUGAUAAAGGAACUGUGUCGCUGUGCUGCGCGAGUUGUAAAGUGUACGCAUGGGAACGUGGGGGGUGUCUUGAAGGAUAUUGAAGAGGUUUUAAAGAUUGUGGAGGGCGCUGUAUCUAACAAUGAGCCACUUGUCGGGAUGUAGCUUGUGUUUAAAUAUAUUUUACAACGGA